GAGAACCAUACUGAUACUCUGUUGACACUUACGGAGAACACAUAUGUAGAUAACUUAAUGAAGACUGGGGACAGUGUCGAAGAGUUGAAGGAAUUUAAGCACGAAGCUACAACCAUCAUGGAGGAGGGGAAGUUUCCUGUUCAUAAGUGGGAGUCAAAUGUUCAUUCGCUAGAGAGUGCGGACAUGCCCGAUCCUGGAAAGAUACUGGGUUUGACAUGGCAUAAACAAGAUGACGUAUUAGAGAUCCAAGUUCCUGAACGAGAUAACGGACAGCGAAUUACAAAGAAAUCUAUUUUGAGUCAAUUUGGCUGGUAUUUACGAUCCGCUCGGAAUUAUAUCCCCAACAGUUGUGGAAGGUAA